CUCCUGUCUCAACUGAAUCGAAAAAACCAGACACCGAUCUGUUGAAAUCUGACCUUACCGACUUCCUCUCGUUUAGGGUUUUCUGCCAUGGCUUUGGAGUGGGUAGUUCUAGGGUAUGCCGCAGGUGCGGAAGCGAUCAUGCUCCUUCUGUUAACCCUACCAGGUCUGGACCGUCUCCGGAAAGGUCUCAUCGCGGUGACCAGAAACCUACUGAAGCCAUUCCUGUCGGUGGUACCGUUCUGCUUGUUUCUGCUUAUGGAUAUUUACUGGAAGUACGAAACAAUGCCGAAAUGCGAGGGUGAAUCAUGUACUCCCACCGAGCAUCUUCGCCACCAAAAAUCCAUCAUGAAGAGCCAACGUAAUGCCCUCUUGAUCGCCGCUGCUCUCGUCUUCUACUGGCUUCUGUUCUCCGUCACCCAACUUGUUGUCCGCCUUGAGCAACUCAACCAACGCGUUGAGAAGUUGAAGAAUCAAGAUUGACUGCAGAAAGAUAAGCUUGGUUUACUU